GGCGUCGUGUCCGAAAAUUCACCCGGGUCUCCUCGUUUCUAGUCGCUCCUUCUGAGUCUUCCGUAUUGCCAUUUCGCCAUGAAAUUCAUCAUCACCACCCUCGUUGCAGCUCUCGUUGCCUCUGCACCCGCCGUGCUCGCGCAAUUGACCAUCAACACUCCAGCCAACGUCGUAGAAUGUGAACCCACGCAGCUCACGUGGAGUGGCGGUCAAACCCCUUACUAUCUGUCCCUCGUCCCUGCCGGACAACCAUCGGCGACACCCCUUAUGCAGUUCCCUAACCAAAACGGAACUUCAUACACUUGGAUGGUCGACCUCCAAGCCGGAACGAACUUGUAAGUCGGUUUGUAUUCUACAGAAUGGGUCCCUAAGUUCACGGACUCGUCAAAAAGCAAUAUUGCUCUGAAGGACGGUACUGGCGCGACGGCGUAUUCGGAUAUCAUCACCGUUCAGGCUGGAAGUUCGACUAGGUAAGGCUUAUUUGAUCCGGAGCAUGCAUGGAGCGAUUCACACAAUUAAUGUCUCACGCCAGCUGCGCGACCGCUAGUGUCUCAGGAGCCAGUGCAACUUCGGGUAGCACUGCGGCCGCCAC